GACACACGCCGAGCAGUAACGCCUUGCAUCCACUGCGCAUGUCAGUAAUUCCGUCUGUGUUUUGAGUUUAUGUAUGUGUGUCUGCGUGUGUGUCCUUUCCCACACGAGUUUACUGCAAUUCCGAAUUCUUACAACCACCGCCAGAAUGGCAGCUGCACCCCCGAAACCAGACGACUCUAGCCGGGGUAGUAGCGGUAGCAGCACGCCCAGCGUCCUUGUCGGGGACGGGGACACUGAAGAGGCCGAGGAUUUCACCUCCUCUUCCCACUGCACAGAGCUAUCUCGGCGGCAGAACGAACAGAGGAAACAGGGAUUGUUCUGCGACGUGACGCUGGCCUUCAGCAGUGGGGCGGCAACCGGGAAUGUUCAGAGCUGUGAGCUUUCCGCUCACCGUUCUGUACUGGCCGCGGCUACGGACUAUUUCACGCCGUUGCUGGGAGGGCAGUUCUCGGAGUCGCUGUCGGGUCGUGUUGAGUUGAAGGAAUGGAGCGCUGAAUUGGGACCAGACCCGGAGACGGUGGAGAGUGUCAUUCAGUACAUGUACAUCGGAGAAAUACGUGUGAGCACCUGCAAUGUGCAUGAAGUGUUAGAGCUUGCUGACAGGUUCCUGCUGCUGCAUCUGAAGGAGUUCUGUGGGGAGUUCUUGAAGAAGAAGCUGAGCCUGGCCAACUGUGUGGCGGUGCACAGCCUGGCCCACAUGUACACCCUGGACCAGCUGGCUCUGCGGGCCGCAGACAUGAUCCGACGCAAUUUCCACAAGGUCAUCCAGGACGAGGAGUUCUACACCCUGCCCUUCCACCUGGUGAGGGAUUGGCUGUCUGAUGCAGAGAUCACUGUGGACGAGGAAGAGGUGCUGUUUGAGGCUGUGGUGAAGUGGGUCCAGAGGAACACAGAACAGCGGGGGAGGUACUUUGAGGAGUUGUUCCGUCUCCUCCGGCUACCCCAGAUUAAGCCCACCUGUCUGACGCGUGUGGUGAAGAAUGAGGCACUGGUGGCUGCCAACCAGGCCUGUCUCCGCCUGGUGUCCGAUGCCGUGGAGGGCCACGCCAUCCGCUGUGAGAACCUCAAGUCAGCUGACCUGGAGUUCUGGUCAUCCUACAUGGCCUCCUUCCAGCCGCGCUUCGGCCAGAACAUGGACGUGAUCAUGGUGGUGGGCGGGGUGUCGGAGGGGGGUGACUACCUGAGUGAAUGUGUGGGUUACUUCAUCUACGAGGACCGCUGGGUUAACCUGCCCCACAUCCACAACCACCUGGAUGGCCACGCCAUCGCCACCACAGAGUCCCACAUCUACGUAGCGGGAUCCAUGGAACCGGGCUUCGCCAAGACCGUGGAGCGCUACAACCCCAACCGCAACACCUGGGAACAGGUGAGCAACCUGACCACACGUAAACACUCCUUUGGUCUCACCUGUAUCAAAGACAUCCUGUAUAGCAUCGGUGGCCACGGCAACUUCAGCCCCGGCUUCAAGGACGUGAGCGUGUACGAGCCUGAGCCGGACAAGUGGCACAACCUGGAGUCGGCGCCCAAGAUCCUGCGGGACGUGAAGGCGGUGAGCGUGGAGGACCGCUACGUAUAUGUGACGGCGCGCACGCCGGUGGACACGGACAACGAGGACGGGCUGAAGACGGUCACCACACGUUACGACACAGAGAGCCGUCAGUGGCAGGACGUGGAUUCCCUGCCGCUCAUAGACAACUACUGUGUGUUCCAGAUGGCCGUAGCCUCCACCAACUUCUACCACACGGCCUCGUGCUGCCCUAAGAGCUACACGGUGCGGGAUGAGGCUGCCAAGCAGAAGAUCAGCGCCCACAUAUCAGACGAGAUCCUGGAGAGCUUGCCGCCUGAGGUCACCAGCGUCGAGGGCGCCGCCAUCUGCCACUUCGACGAGGACGUGUUUGUGAUCGGCGGCUGGAAGAACAGUGAUGACGUGGACAAGCAGUACCGCAAAGAGGCCUACCGCUACUCUGCUGAAAGGAAGCGCUGGAUGCUGCUGCCGCCCAUGCCCCAGCCGCGCUGCCGCGCCACCGCCUGUCACGUACGCAUCCCCUACCGCUUCCUGUACGGCUGCCAGCGCUACCCCAUGCCCCAGAACCUGGCCCGCCAGCGGGACCGUAUGCAGCAGAUGCAGCAGCUACACCGGCGCACCCUCACCCUGCGCAGGCAGCUGCAGUCUCAGAUCGAGUGCUGAGCUAUCGCAACCCCUGUCUGUCCAUCACAUCCACCCUAGUGGGGGAGCAGCCCAGUCCAGCUCCAAGCCCCAAACAUCCCCUGGAAGCCAUCGUCAUCAACCCCCACCCAUAACCUGCUGGAGCAGCGGCUCCUAUGUUGCUCUCAUGUUGGUUCUCUUUCAAGAGAACUCUGUGCCAGAUCAUCAGGUUGAGACUAUGGUGUUGGUUGAGACUAUGGUGUUGGUUGAGACUAUGGUGUUGGUUGAGACUAGACUAUGGUGUUGGUUGAGACUAUGGUGUUCAAGGCUGGGAGAUGUGGGAGGGAUGUGACUCUGUGCUGUCCAGGUGUUAGUCUAUGUGGGGAGGACAGGCUGAAUGUUAUAAAUGUGAAUAGAGUGUUGUACAGUGACCAACAUCGGACUACACUACGUAUGUACGUCAGGCACAGGUGAUGUUUGUCUUUUUAUACAUGCAUAUAGUAUAUAGUUGUAUAUGUAUACUUUUAUUAUAUAUAAAUAUUUUCUGUCCCCCUUUUAUGCUUAUAUGAUGUAGGCAAUGUGACCCUUCAAUACGGCAGAAUCUAUAUUCCUCCAAUCCAAUGUGCUUAGUGAAGUCAGUCGCUCUCUAUGACAUUCCAUCAGGACACUGACAGUCUCUCCAUGCAAAUAUCAUUCAUUCAGUCAUUCAUACAUACAUACAUACAUACAUACAUACAUACAUACAUACAUACACACACUCACACACUCACACACUCUCUGUCCAGCUGUAGGGUCGGGACAGUACCAGUAUUGCGAUACGCGUUAGUGUCGUGGCAAGUGAACGUAACACGAAGCAGAUUUUACAUCGUUAGGAAAACAAAAAUGUUACGUCAUCCAGAGUCACAUUUCUUUUUCCAAGCUAUAGCACACAAUAUGUUACAUACAGCAGGUUAUUCAAGGACCCUACUGGUUCGGUCUGUUUCGUGUAUUCAUUUUUGCCAUGGAAAAAUGAUUGCCAUACUGGUGUCAUCCUGGCCCUACCAGUCAGUCGGACCAAACCCUUACCAAUGCCGGAUGGCUCUUCUGUGCUUUAUACUAGCCUCAUCUGAAUGGCUCCGCUUGUUGUUAUUAUAGCUUUGAUACAGUAGCUCAACAUGAAUGAAAGGAGAAUUGUCUUAUAUUUAUUAUCAGAUCUAUGGUCCAAUCAAGAGUGGACAACUUAAUUAGUGAUUUACCAUCACUAUCUAUGUGGGCUGUGGUUUUCCCCUGUUUCCUUAAUGGAGCGCAGUAAAUUAAACUUCUCUCCUCCCCUGGUUGCUUAUUACUGACGAUCGAUAGUGUAUUUCUUUGAGCAGUCAGUGCAGAGAGGGGUAGUCAAGAGAGAUAUCUCCCAUGUGUCAUCAGUUAGAAAGAUAAGAAGUUGGAAAGGAGAAUGGAGAUGGUGGGAGUCAGACAGAUGGAGAGAGUUUAUUCAUCCAUCCCCAUUCUCUUAAUUAGACUCGUGUGCACCCAUCCGUCUGCAAGAGUGAUGGUCAUCAUUCUGUUCAUGUCUGAGUCUUGUGGAAAAUUCUCCUUGUCAGUGUUUUCUGAAUUAAAAUAUUAUUAAUUACUUUUUUUUUUUUACCCAAUUGGUAGUUGGUCUUGUCUCAUCUCUGCAACUUCCGUACAGACUCUGGAGAGGUGAUAGUCGAGAGCCGUGCGUCCUCCGAAACACAACACAAUGACCACUUAACCCGGAUGCCAGCCGCACCAAUGUGUCGGAGGAAACACAGUACACCUGGCAACCGUGUCAGCGUGCACUGCGCCUGUCCCGCCACAGGAGUCGCUAGUGCACGAUGAGACAAGGACAUCCCUGCCGGCCAAAUCCUCUCCUAGCACUACGAUGCAGUGUCUUAGACCGCUGCGCCACUCGCACGGCCCCUUAAUGAAACAGUCUUAACUUGGUAACAUUCCAUUGAUCAUUUGAAAUUCCAUCAACCAUUCUGUUGAAUUAUUCUUCAGUCUUCUGCUCGUCACAUUCCUGUUGGUAGGAACAUUGUGUAGAAGGACCUAGGUGGGAGUUUAUGAAUGUUUCUCUUCUUAUUUUGUCUGCAUUGGUUUUGAGUUUAAUGGCUGGAGGGUGUGGUUCCGAUGGGGGACUUGAUAACGUGUGUGUCUGCGUAUGGUAAAGAAUGCUUGGCAAAGCUGGUGAAAAGCAUGCUUCGUAGUGCACUUGUCUACCCCUUAAUCAGUUUGUAAUAUUUAAGUCCGAGUGGGUUUACCUGUCAUAUUUGUCUUCAGCCAAUUUGCAUUUUUUUUCUUUUAAUUGAUCAUUGAAUCCAACACCAGCCGAUAACCUAUUCUGUUCCCAUGUGAGAAAAUAUGUACACUACAGUGAUUUGCAUAGUAAUCCAAAAUGAAUGUGAUGUGAAGUGAGGGAAACCUGUUGCUGUACCUCAGGCUUAUUCAGGGGUUCAUCUGAGAGAUCCUGCCACAUUGGUGUAUGUUCUCCUCACCCUCCAAAGAUGGUCAGAUGAGCUGUAUAGACCAGUGGUUCCCAACCAGGGGUACUUGGCCUAUCCACAGGGGGUACUUGGAAAAGACUGAAUCCAUAGGGUUAGUGGUAAAAUGCACAGAGGGGGGAUUCUGGGCAGAGCAAAAUUCAGUUGGUGGUAACCAAAAAAGAUUGUGAACCACUGGUAUAGACUAGAGAUUAUCCUUAUGUUACUGAGCGGAAUGACCAUAUCAAGGUGAAUGUGUUGCCAUUGAGUUCAAGAGUUCAUUGAUUGUUAUAAGCACUAUCCCUGAAGCUAAUUUAUAACUUAAAGCACUAUAAUUUUGAGAAUGCAAUGAAAGUGUAUUUCCUCAGUUUUGUUCCUCUUGCAUAGCAUUUGAAAGAAUAUUAUUGACAUAUGUAGGCAAUAUAUAUUUUGCUUUGCAUGUGGCCAUCUGGCAUUGUGUCAAUAUAUUGGAUGUAAAAAAUAUAAAAAAUGCUGAUGUCAUCACUUUCAAUUAAAAUGGCUUUUUUUUAUACAA